AUGCCUAUACCUUACUAUAGAUAUACCUAUGGUCAGCUAAUUGCCAUAAUUACUGAUGAAGGUCUUGCUCUCUGCAAUGAACUUAAACUCCAGCAACAAAUGAAACAACAACAUCUUACUAGACGAAAAGAAAUAGGUGAAUUCUGUGAACAAUUUGCCUAUGGCGAUACUUUACAAUAUCCCAAAUCCAGAAAACAUAAAAAAAUAGCAAAACCCAAAUCUUAUCCUAAAAAAUCCAGGAAAUAUAAGUAUGCUAAGCCACAGGCUCAGCAAGCUAUACCUUACAAAAAGCAAUCAAAACCUUACAGAAAGAAAUCAUCCACUAUUAAAUGCUAUAAGUGUGGACAGAUAGGACAUUAUGCCAAUCGUUGUAAAUCCAAAAUACAACAUAAGCUUAAUGAACUGUCUUUGGAUGAUAAUUUGAAGCAGCAAAUUCUUCAAAUGCUUUCAGAUUCCGACACUUCUUCUGAUAAUGAAGAAGUGCUUAAUGUUUUAUAUUCAGACUCUUCUAAUACAUCGUAA